AUAUGUAAUAAUAAGAAUAACAUUGAAUGCUACAAAUUGAGCAAAAAAAAACACCCAUUUUAAUAUAAUUAUGGAGACGACUAGACCUGAAAGUCAAAAAACUGAGGAACUGGCUUCGGCAAGAGUUUCUUCCUCAAGUUCUAAUCAACUAUUUAUAGCAGACACUUUGGACUUGCCUGACGACAUAUUUCGUAUGAGUCUGGAUAGUUAUUCAGAAAUCGGCGAAAAUGUGACUUUAGGAGACAGGAACUCUUCCAUAGAGAUACAGCCCACUGGGUUGACUAAAACUCCCGCUUCAACGCCGGCCGUCGAAACACCUGAAACUCUAAUUGCUGAGCCGUUUACUCCGCCUCCUGAUGCUAUCACUGAUCCUUGCACGCCACCCCCAGAACCGUCCCCGGCUAUUGUAGAAACACCGAAGAUAAACGAGCAAGAUAAAAUACAAAGAACGCAGAAUUUGUUGAAGUUAUCGCUCAUUAAGAACACCGAUGAUGUUUUCGUUAAGCCGUCUCCAGUUAUGGAGGUCAUUUCGCCGGCAAGAAUGCUACAAUUCGAAGUGGACGCGUGCGCGACGCCGACUAUGAAAAGAGCUGCAAUCAAUUUCGCUUUCUUUAAACAGAACAAUUUUGAUGAAUACUUUGACGAUGACGUUGACGUCGACCCUAAAGACGAAGUGGAAGAGAAGGAAAAGAUUGAGGUUUCUAAAGAUCCCAAUCCAAAUGAGAAGCCGUUUGAAGAGGCUGCCGUUAUCGUGAAGGCCAAGGACACUGUACGGCAUGAAAUUGGUUAUGUUAAUCUAAACGGACAAUCAAAAGUGGACAUAUCACAUUUCGAUCUGCUCAAAGUUCUUGGCACAGGAGCGUACGGUAAAGUGUUUCUAGUGAAAAAGAGAUGCGGUGUCGACGAGGGCAAACUAUACGCGAUGAAGGUGCUCAAAAAGGCUUCUAUUGUGCAGAAACUAAAAACGGCAGAACACACCAGGACGGAGAGACAGGUCCUGGAAGCAGUGAGAGAGUGCCCUUUCCUGGUCACGCUACAUUACGCCUUCCAGACAGACUCCAAACUACACCUAAUACUUGAUUACGUUGCUGGCGGAGAGCUGUUCACACACCUGUACCAACGGGAGCAUUUCUACGAAAAUGAAGUCCGGCUAUACAUCGCCGAGAUCAUACUUGCCCUCGAGCAGUUACAUAAGCUCGGCAUCAUCUAUCGCGACAUCAAACUGGAGAACAUCCUUCUGGACGCCGAAGGUCACAUAGUGUUGACUGACUUCGGCCUCUCCAAGGAGUUCUGCGGCGGCGAGAGCAGAGCCUACAGCUUCUGUGGAACCAUAGAGUAUAUGGCGCCUGAGGUGGUCAGGAGCGGCAGUCAGGGGCAUGAUAUCGCGGUAGACUGGUGGUCGGUCGGCGUUCUCACAUACGAGCUCCUCACGGGGGCUUCACCGUUCACAGUCGAAGGCGAGAAGAACACGCAACAAGAAAUCACCAAACGCAUAGUGCGGUGUAGCUACCCCGUGCCUACGGAAGUCAGUCCUGAAGUGCAGGACUUUAUUAAAAAAUUGCUAGUGAAAGACCCGCGGCGGCGCCUCGGAGGCGGAGAGAGCGAUGCCGACGAACUGAAGAGACAUCCAUUUUUCCAGAACCUCGACUGGGACGCCGUAGCGCGCCGCGAGAUCACCGCGCCGUUCGUGCCCGCGCUCGAGCACGCCGCGGACACGCGCAACUUCGCCGACGAGUUCACGCGCAUGCCGCCCACCGACUCGCCCGCGCAGGCGCCCAAACACAGCGACAAGCUGUUCCUAGGAUAUUCGUACGUGGCUCCAAGCAUUCUGUUUUCUGAAAACGUCAUAUCAGACCAGAUAUGGAUGCAGGCUACGGGACAGAAGCACGAUAAACUCAAAGGAUGGGUUGCCAAGGACUCUCCGUUCUUCCAAAAAUACGCCGUGGACUUAAGCACGCCGCUGUUAGGCGACGGGACCUACUCCGUCUGCCGAAAAUGUAUACACCGCGACUCCGGGAAAGAAUACGCUGUCAAGAUAAUCUCCACUCAGAAGAAAGACAUUAAACAGGAAAUCGAACUGCUAAAAGCAUGCCAAGACUGUCCCUACAUCAUAACACUCCACGAAGUCGUACAGGAUUCUGCAUUCACGUACAUAGUGACAGAGCUAGCGACGGGCGGCGAGCUGCUCGCGCACAUCGGGCCGGGCGGCGUCGGCGAGCGCGUGGCGCGCCGCCUGCUGGCGCAGCUCGCGUGCGCCGUGCGGCACAUGCAGCGCCGGCGGGCCGUGCACCGCGACCUUAAACCUGAGAAUAUAAUGCUGACGACGUGUCGGCUGCACGAGGCCAAGGUGAAGGUGGUGGACUUCGGGUUCGCGCGCCGCACGCCCGAGUGCGAGGAGCGUUCUCGCAUGAUGACGCCGUGCUUCAGUUUGCCGUACGCGGCACCAGAAGUGGUGGCGCGCGCUCGCUCGGGCGCGGCGCCGGGCUACAGCGCCAGCUGCGACAUGUGGAGUCUCGGCGUUAUAUUCUACUGCAUGUUAUGCGGCAAAGCGCCUUUCCAGCCGGCCUCCAAGAAGGAACCCAUCACCGCGUACAUGGACCGCAUCCGACAGGGCAGCUUUUCCAUGGAUGGUCCAGUAUGGGAGGCCAUAUCGAGCGACAGCAAGCGCCUGGUGGCGUCGCUGCUGACGCGCGAGCCGCAGCGUCGCCCGGCGCCUGAGGAUGUCCUGGCCGCGCUCGGCGUGCACGACGACCACGGCAGCUUCAAGCUAGCCGACAUGACCAAGGCCGAGCUGUACAAACGCCGCAGCAAGACCAAGCAGCGCUCCUCCUCCGACACGCGCGCCGGCGACGCGCCCCACGCGGACCUCGCGCUCGUGCGCACCAUCAACACCAGAGACAACAACUCCAUAGAGAACGAUGUGGAGCUGAUCAAAGCUAACACUUUGGAUACGCCCGUGGUGGAGGAAGGCAAUAAUGAGGAUACCGAUGAGGUACCCAGCGUCAAACCUGUAGAAAAAACAUACUCCAAAUCCCGAUCAAAACUAGACGAUUACAUUUACAUCGAGAGCAGCCAAGGCCUCGACGGCACAGAAGUCGCCUUCCCCAAAACUAGUCGCGCCAAGAAAGCCAAGGAAUCCACCUCGCCAGUACCAAGGAAACGUAGAAAAGUAGACAAACCUAAACCUAAAGUUAACGACGAAGGUACAACCAAGUCAACCAAUACUAGAGAGCUGCGUAGCAAGGAAAAACCUAAAGAAAAACCGAGCCCCAGCAGACCUAAAGAGUCGAUAGAGAACGAGAAAGCGGUAACAAGAGUCACUAGGAAAAGGAAAUAUGACGAGAUGGUCAGUUCCAAGCCGGUGCUUAGAGAAAAAGGACAAAAUGGGAGACAAUCUAAAAAUAGCGUUGAGACUAAAGAGGCUACUAGGAAAAUCGCGCGACGGAGGAAGCUGGCGCCUUUAAAAAUAGACGUUCAACCGACCAACAUCCGAAUGACACGCUCCAGAAUGAGACGGCUAGAGGUCAGUCUGUCUCCCUCUCAGGUCAAAACCAUAGUACCUGCUUUCUCGUUCGAGUCGGAUAAGAGAGUGGAUUCGUCGGAGAGUAACACAACUAAGAAGACGCGAAAAGCCAAAGCGAGUAAAGCUAAAACUACCGUCCGAGCGACUCGCUCCCGCGCUAACAGGAGGUGAAUGUUGGAUACUAUAGGUACACGCUAAACUUUCCGGCUGUACAGGGUUACAUUUUAAUCACUAGCCAUACUUUGCGCAGUGACUAUUUUGAACAACUUUUAUUAUGGAACCAAUACAGAAAACGCAAAAAAAGUCGGCGGCAUCAUAUCAGCUGGAAUGUAUGGAACAGCAAAAAAUUUUUCGCGAUUUCGGAAUUUGUCCCAUAAUAACAGUUGUUCAGUAUGACCUACUUUGCGCAGUGACUUUAUAUUGAACAAUUUUUAUUAUGGAACCAAUUCCGAAAACGCAAAAAAAAAUCGGCGGCAUCAUAUCAGCUGGAAUGUAUGAAACAGCUAAUUUUUUUCGCGAUUUCUGAAUUUGUCCCAUAAUAACAGUUGUUCAGUAUGACCUACUUUGCGCAGUGACUUUAUAUUGAACAACUUUUAUUAUGGAACCAAUUACGAAAACGCAAAAAAAAUCGGCGGCAUCAUAUCAGCUGUAAUGUAUGAAACAGCCAAUUUUUUUUGCGAUUUCGGAAUUGGUUCCAUAAUAACAGUUGUUCAGUAUGACCUAUAAGGUCACUACGCAGAGUAUGGCUAGUGAUUAAAAUAUCACCUUGUAUUGUAGACCUUAUGUGAAUGAAUAUAAGGUUUAUGUAAGGUAAGCUGGAAGUGUUGUUAGUUUGACCUACAAUAGUAUAGUAGGGUUGCUUAAGCUAGUAUAAUUGGCCGCGAUUCGCGCACUGUAACAAUGUCCAGCCGACGAACAGCUGAUCUAAGGGACGCAGCUAUGCGGUGGAAUGAGAUAGCAAUAUCACUUGCUCCCUCUAACGCAUAAAUGCGUCCCUUAGAUUAACCUACGUUGGGCCAUCGUGUAGAGGAGCCAUGGAAGUAACUGAUUAAUCGGAGAGAUAUGUGACGUUCAACGGGUAAAGAUACCUAUCUGCCUUGUGGCACAGAAUAAGUAAUAGUACUAUCGUACAGAAAGGAAACUUCCUAAAAAACCGAAGUUUGACAGCGGUGCAGGGACGAAUGAUGUCCCUUACUUAUGUAUGGUACUAUCCCUUUCGGCUAUUUAGGGUCUUAUCUGUGGUCGUGCACGCAAAGGGACGUCAAGUUGUGUCAACCCUAAUAAUAGGGUAUUUGACUACUAGUCAAAUCAGUUUCUUUUUUCGAACUGUCAAAACGAUUUUAUUUUGUAUGGCUUAUAAAAUAAAUAAGAUUUAAAAAAAAAACGAUUUUAUUUACUCUUUAUCGUUUUAUACGGGUUUUAAAAUAGAAAUUCUGUCUAAAAAUAACAGCUCUACGUUUCUCUAUUAAUCUUCUGUUGCUUUAUUUCAUGCAUGGUUUAAAAUAAUUUAUUUUAAAUACAGUCAAAUACCCUAUUGCUCGGAGCAAUGCUGAGCCGAACGGAGCCGAGCAUACCCGAAAGGAAGAGUUUCGCACCUCUGCUUAUGGUGUCGCGUAGCACCGCAUUAGUAUUGGGGCGUUGUAAGCGCCGACCGCCGUAAGGUACCUUUACCCGUGGAACAUCACAUAUGUGUAAUUGUAGCCUUAAUAACUUUCCGCUGCCACGAUUGGCUGAUCAAACAAUAAUAUUUGCAGUGCGUAGAAUCGCGUGGACAGUUAUGAUAAAGUAAGGACCCUAACCACGAAUAAUUUUGUACAUUGUCCCGCCUUUUCCUAUCGAACGCACGCACAUAAUUAUAGUAUGAAUUUUCUCAGAUGUUUUUUUCGGGCUCGGGCCCUAAUCCGUUAAACAAAGGCCUUUGUUUAACAGAUUAGGGCCAGAGCCCCAAAAAAUCAUUUGAAAUAAUUCAUACUAUAUAUUGCUGGGCUGAUGAUGUAGGCGGUCAAUGCCACUGUAGGAGCAGGACAGCAAUAUAAUUAUGCGCGUGCAAUAGAGAUAGGUACAGGUGUUAAUGUACGAAAUUCUUAGUGCGUCCUCACUUUAGCCUUACACAGAUAGCGUUCAUUAAAAUGUUUUCAAGACAGCAAUAUGGAAUCUAACCUUUUUUUUGACCGGUAAAAUCGUUUUUUUACAUACAUGAUUACAGUGGUACUACUAAACGAAAAUAAAUAACUAGCUUAAAUCUAAAAAAGGCCCUGACCCAAUCUAACCUUUAAUUUCAGACGAAGUGCCGAUUUCAUUCCUUUUAUAGUAACUACGCUUCUUCAACUUAAUUUCUUUCGAUUUGUUUUUCUCUUACUAAAACGGGUCGGGUCAUGAAAAAGGUUGACAAACACGGUUCUUGAGAACACGAUUUCAACUUAAUUUUUUUUUAUAAAUCGCAUUUUGUGAUCGACUUGUAUUUGUGCCGAAUAAAGUUAAAUAUAUCUGUCAUUGCUAGAAUGAGAUGAUAAUACGCACUUCUCAUUCUAACAAAGAUAAGUUGCCUUCUUGAUAAAACAUAAAUGAAUCGUGAAAUAAUCCGCAUAAAUGUACUUUGUAGUACUCAAUUUAUAUGAUAUGUUUUUUUUUUAAGUGUAAUGUAGUCAGUGUAAGGCAGGCCACUAGCACCCCCUAACCUCCCACUCCAAAUAUCGACAGAAUAGUGAUGGAAUAAAAACAGGCGCUUUGCUCAGCGUAGUGAUGGGAUGAAAUUAUUUAUUGGCGAGUAAGUUAUAUCGUAGUUAGCUCCACCCUAGUUCGAUAAAGAAUAGAACCUGUUUUUAUUUUUUAAUCCCUCUAUUUAAUGUUAAUUUAAAAUAUUUACGAUACCUUUUUUCCUUAUUAUUACCAUUAGAGUUAAUUCUUUGAUGUUGGUUAUUAUGUAUUUCAGUAGAUAAUAUAAUAAUAAAAUAGGUAAUUCUAAUUUUGUGUGUGAGUGCGCACUUGGCCCAUAGUUAGAAACGAGUCCUAUCUGUAUUUUGUUUGCAUCGUCGCGUCGCGACGCCUUGUUGCGCCAUGCAACGCCACAAGGCGCCACGCAGCGCCAUAUAGCGCCAUGAAGCGCCAUAUAGCGCCUUGGCACCGCGCAGAUACAUUGAACAGAUCUCUUUCCAUAAAAACUUAGGUUGUUUGUGUAUAUUUGUUUGGGAACUAGAUUUAAUAGGUUAAAUUUGUAAAUGUGUUUCGAAAUAAUGUAAAAGCAGUUUGUUUAGAGUAUUGUUUAUCUUCCAUUGUUUCUGUAAGUGUACGAGCGAGCUACGAGGAAGAAAUGCUACGCGGUUCGUGCCAAAUCAUGCUUGGGGCGCCCGCUAAUAUUGCGUUUUUGAAUUCAAUGAAUUUGUCAAACUUUUCCUUCUCGUUUUAAGGGCUUCUACCAAAUAAAACUAUUGUGUUGAUUAUUUCAUUGUAAAUAAUUUAGCAUUUAGUACAAAAUCGGUGGAAGAAUUAAUUAUAUAAAUUUAAAUUAUACAGAAUAAUCUCAAUACGAAGGGCCCGCGGCAUAUCAUUAGGAGGCGUGGCUUAGUGAUAAUUAUAUCGAAAUUCAGUUUUGCCAACAUAAUAACUAUUUUUUCUUAAGCGAAGUCUAAAUCAAUCAACAUUUAAAAUCAAAUUGCUUGCUUCGUGAUAUUUAUAUUUCUUUUUUACAACAAUAGUGAGAAAAAUAAGUACAUGGGACAUAAGGAACUUUGUUUGCAUUAAAUAUCGCACUGGAUUUCAAUACUUUUUUGUUUUUAAGGAAAUCGAAGACCAAGGUGAUGAGUACCAUGUAAGAUGAAUUAUAUUGAUGACAUGAAAUUGAUUUUUACUUUUUGUCAGAAAAAAAUAUCAAUGUAGGGGUGUUUUUACAAGUACAAUGCGAUUUAAAUGCGAGGUAAUAUUUUUUACACAAAAAAAAACUAAAUUGAACCAUUUCAUCAUAGGUGUGUCAUUGUAGCAGUUCAAUUUAUCCCUUUUAGUAAAAUAAUAUAAAAAAAAAAACAAUACCUACUGUCAUGGCGGCUAAAUGUUACGAGCAAAAUUCGCGAAGUUCAUGUAAAACCACCCAGAAAACGCAUAAUUACAAAUCAGUGCCGAACUAACGUAUAUUCGUUUUAGGAAAUUUAAUUUCCACAGCUUAAUAUGUAAAAGAUAGCCUUUACGUCACUAUCGUAACGUGUUAAAGUGCACUUAAUGGAAUGUACCAAAAGAUUAUAUAAUUUUAUAACAAAGUUAGAGGUUACUAUUGAAGUCGGCGACAGACAAAUUUUGUAAAAUGUUACACUAUGCCGGACGGAGAUAUUUGAUUGUAAUAAUAUACCAUUUUAACAUUAA